AAGAGAAGAGCGACCUGUGCGGCACUGGAGGUAAACAAGGGUUAUCUACAUACUAAUGUCCCGCACCACCAAGAUGAAAACUGCUUCCACUGCUUCUAAUGGCACUUCUACCCCAGUGCUCUCUAAUGGUGAUGAUGCUGAGUGGGGCCAGACAAGUAAAAACGUGGCCGGUGGGAAUCAGGUGGUCCUCAGAAAGAAAAAGAGAUGCUUCAAAGAGAGGCCAACACACAGCCAGGAGCCCAGCACAGAGCGUCCUUUGUCUGCGGUCUCCACGUCUAACUUGACCCCCAACUUUCAUAAGCGAUGGUGGUCGGUCCACUACUGCAGAUGCGGGACCUCCCCGGUCAUCAUGGUGAGCAAGAACACGAUGCAACCACAGCCUCCUGAGCGUAGUGUAUCGCUCCCGCGAUCCCUUGCAGCAUCCCACGAUGCAGUCAAACGCUACUCCUGCCCCCCCAUGAGGAGCUUAACCUCAUCAGGUCACUCCUCAUCUUCCUCCACCUCCUCCACCUCCUCAUCCUGCUCCUCUCCUUCUGUUAAGACGUCAGUCAUCACCGGCCGCGACCCUCUCGGCUGGAAGUUGAAUCCCAAAUCCAGCUCCCUCAACUCCCGAGCGCGCGCUAAAAGGCUCUCCCUGCAGAUUCCCCUCCCCGUAAUCCCUGAUCUUAACACGCCUUCGCCCAAAACCAAACCUCCCCUUAAACCCAAACCUUCACGACGACGCCACUCCGACUCAGCGGCCUUGCUCCAAUCUCCAAGGAACCCUCUGCCUGCGGUGACGCUCGAUGAAAUCUGUGCUGUGCAUCUCCGCCCGCGUGCUCUUUCAGAUGAGUCUGACGAUGUGUUCAGUGAGGGGAAGGAAGAAGAGGACGGGGUGACCACUCAUAAAAUACCACCACCUGUUCCAGGAAAAACAGCCAUGGCUAGACAAAUAGCACACCUUAUUGCCUACUCACGCCUGCAGGGCUGCAGACCUGAUACAGCUGCAAGCAGCAAAGAUGAAAACAUUUAUGCCAGCAUCAUGAAGCCAAAACUGAAAUAUUCACAUCACAAUGUGACCCGUGACGGCAUGCAUGCAACGAAAAAUGCCAUGCAGCAGCUUCACAUCAGCUGUGCCAGCGAGAGGUCCACCCCACACUUCCCCGGCUAAGAGAUCUGACAGACAAGAAACGAGGACGUGUCUAAUCAUUGUCACCAUUCUGUAGAAAGUAGAUGGGACAUGUAUAGUAUUUCUGAUUACUCUGUCUCAACACUUUUUAAUUCCUACACCAAAGAAAAUACAUUUUAUUACUGCAUUACAAUUUUUUAUAUUUUCUCAGCAUUCAUUUCUUGCUCUCUG